UCUCAUUCCUGGGGAUGAGUUUAUGUCUUGCCUUGAUGUUCAUUUGCUCUUGGUACUAUGCUUUGGUUGCCAUGCUAAUCGCAGGAUGUAUAUACAAAUACAUAGAAUAUAGAGGAGCGGAAAAAGAAUGGGGUGAUGGAAUCCGAGGACUGUCUCUGAAUGCAGCUCGCUAUGCUUUGCUUCGUGUUGAAGACGGUCCUCCUCACACCAAGAACUGGAGACCUCAACUUUUGGUCUUGUUAAACUUGGAUCGUGAGCAGCUGGUAAAACACCCUCGGUUACUUUCUUUCACCUCUCAGUUAAAGGCUGGUAAAGGACUGACUAUUGUGGGAUCUGUGCUUCAGGGAAUCUACUUGGAUAAAUGUACAGAAACUCAGAAAGCUGAAGAGAACGUUAAGGCCCUAAUGGGAGUGGAAAAGACUAAAGGAUUUUGCCAGAUUGUGGUGUCUCCUAAUUUCAGAGAUGGAAUAUCCUAUUUGAUUCAGUCAGCCGGUCUAGGAGGGAUGAAGCACAAUACAGUCCUGAUGGCAUGGCCACAGUCAUGGAAGCAGACAGAAAACCGUUUCUCAUGGAAAAACUUUGUUGACACUGUACGAGAAACAACAGCAGCUCAACAAGCACUGUUGGUAGCUAAAAACAUUGACUUAUUUCCAACAAACCAAGAACGGUUUACUGAAGGAAACAUAGAUGUGUGGUGGAUUGUUCACGAUGGUGGUAUGCUGAUGUUACUGCCUUUUCUCCUUCGACAGCACAAGGUUUGGAGAAAAUGUAAAAUGCGUAUCUUCACUGUUGCUCAAAUGGAUGAUAAUAGCAUUCAAAUGAAGAAGGAUCUUCAGAUGUUCUUGUAUCAUCUUAGACUGAAUGCUGAAGUGGAAGUUGUUGAAAUGUUUGAAAAUGAUAUUUCUGCAUUCACAUAUGAGAAGACACUUAUGAUGGAACAGCGAUCUCAGAUGCUAAAGCAGAUGCAGCUAUCAAAGAACGAAAGGGAGAGAGAGAUUCAGAGCAUCACUGAUGAGUCUCGAGGCUCAAUCAGAAGAAAAAGCUACUCCAGUCCACAAUCCCUUGGCCAAGAUGUACAGGCACUGCUGACUAAUGAUUAUCAAGAGGAGGAGGCUCAGCUGAUCCAUGACAGAAACACUGCCUCUCACUCAGCUCCAGCAGUAAAAGCAAGUGUGGCUGCUGCUGUGCCAGAAAAAGUGCAGAUGACCUGGACUAAAGAGAAGUUUGUAGCUGAAAAGCAUAAAACCAAAGAUUCAAAUGUGUCUGGCUUUAAAGAUAUCUUCAACAUGAAGCCAGAAUGGGGAAAUCUGAAUCAGUCAAAUGUGAGAAGAAUGCACACCGCUGUGAAGCUGAAUGGAGUAGUGCUUAAUAAAUCACAGCAUGCGCAGCUAGUUCUCCUGAAUAUGCCUGGACCUCCUAAAAACAGAAAAGGGGAUGAAAACUACAUGGAGUUUUUGGAAGUUCUGACAGAAGGUCUGGAUAGAGUUCUCCUGGUCCGAGGCAGUGGACGUGAAGUCAUCACCAUUUAUUCUUAACCUGUUUGCAUAUUUUGUUC